ACAGAAAAAGUCAAAGGGAGACACGACGCCCGUCCCACUAAGACUCUAAUUAAUUAGUUUACUGAAACCAAACAAGAGCAUUGUGGUGUCUGACCGGUAAACUCUGUUUCCCGCGUUACUCUCAUUAUUCUUUUCUUCUUCGUUCCCCUUUUCUUCCCUACCACUCCAACCAAGACCCCUUCAAUCCAUAAUCACAACCACUUCAACUCAUUCAUUCCAACCACCAUGUCUCUUCUCUUCUUCUUCUUAUUCUUCUUACCCUUCUCCCUCUCCCAAACACCCCCUAAAGGCUUACUCAUUAACUGCGGAGCCCAAUCGGGGGCCCAAAUCGAUGGCCGCACGUGGCUUCCCGAUUUCGCCUUCGUGUCUUCGGGCUCACCCAAAAACGUCACUUCCCCCGUUCUCUUUCCCACUCUUCAAACCCUUCGCUCCUUCCCUCGCCAAGUCAAGAAGCACUGCUACUAUAUUCCCGUGUAUCGCGGCGCAAAGUACCUCGUGCGGACCACUUAUUUCUAUGGAGGGGUCAACGGUGCUGAUCACCCUUCGCCGCCGGUGUUUGACCAGAUCAUCGAUGGAACAUCCUGGAGCGUUGUCAAUACCACCGCGGAUUAUGCUAGCGGCAACUCUACGUUCUACGAAGGGGUUUUCUUGGCUCAGGGGAAGAUCAUGAGUUUCUGUAUCGGCUCGAAUAAUUAUACGGAUUCAGACCCGUUUAUAUCUGCUCUGGAGUUCCUCGUUCUUGGUGGCUCCCUCUACAACACCACUGAUUUCACCAGCUUUGGUCUUGCCUUGGUUUCAAGGAGCAGUUUUGGAUACUCUGGACCACCCAUUCGAUAUCCCGAUGAUCAGUUUGAUCGUAUCUGGGAGCCUUUUGGACAGAGUAAUUCUACCAAAGCAAGCACUGACAAUGUUUCUGUUUCUGGUUUCUGGAAUCUUCCACCUUUGAAAAUAUUCGAGACUCAUCUAGGAUCUGAUCAAUUGGAAGCAUUGGAACUGAGAUGGCCUACAGCAUCUCUUCCGAGCUCCAAAUACUACAUUGCUCUAUACUUUGCUGGAAAUUCUGAUGGAUCAAGAACUUUUAACAUAAGUGUAAAUGAUAUAACUUAUUACCACAAUUUGAAUGUGAUCUCUCCAGGUGUUGUGGUCUUUGCCAACCAGUGGCCUCUUUCUGGUCCUACAACAAUAACUUUGACUCCCGAUGCUAGUUCAUCUUUGGGUCCUUUAAUCAAUGCUGGAGAAAUUUUUGAUGUGCUGCCACUUGGAGGAAGAACUUCGACUAGAGAUGUUAUUGCUUUGGAAAAGGUAAAGGAGAGCUUCCGAAAUCCUCCACUUGAUUGGAAUGGUGAUCCUUGUGUGCCUCGGCUGUAUUCAUGGACUGGCAUCACAUGCUCUGAAGGACCCCGUAUCCGUGUAGUGACUUUAAACUUGACAAGUAUGGAUCUUUCAGGAUCUUUAUCACCUUUUGUUGCCAAUAUGACUGCUCUGACCAACAUCUGGCUUGGGAAUAAUAGUUUGUCAGGACAGAUUCCUAACCUCAGUUCAUUAAAGAUAUUAGAGACACUGCACUUGGAAGACAAUCAAUUCAAUGGAGAGGUUCCCUCAUCCCUGGGGAACAUCAGCGGCUUGCGAGAAGUAUUUUUGCAAAACAACAAUUUGACUGGUCAAAUUCCAGCAAAUCUCAUUGGAAAACCAGGACUGGAUCUCAGAACUUCUGGAAAUAAUUUCUUAUCACCUCCUGCACCUUGAUGAAUUUGCUUAGUGCCUUCCUGGUAAAGAUGAAGAUUUUCCUUUUAUCAAGAAAUUUUUACUCUUUUUGUGCUUAAAUUUUUCUGAUUUUGGUGGAAGUUCUUCGUCAUCAACUCAACUGAAGAUCAAACUUCAUUUCAGCCUUCUCUUGCGGGAGGACAUACAGAUUUCUUAACUUGGAGUAUACUUUCAGAUUGGUUGAUCAUAUUCUUUCAUGUUUGAUUUUCAGUUCCUUGACAAUUAGAAUGUUAUUUGAAAUUGUAUCUUACAUAUCCUUGUAUAGGCAUUGUUUAACAUUAUUUUAUUGAAAUUUUUGCUUUGUUUAUUUUUCAUACCUUUGUAAUU